AUGGGCAAUUCUCAGACAGAAGCCACACUUGAUGUGGUUGGAUUGGAGAAGGCUUUAGCAAAAAUGGAGAAUUUCUUGUUGGAGUUUCGAGCUUCUCGUGCUUCACCAGUGGUGAUCUUUCCGACAUUUGAUGGAUGUGAGGCUCUCGCGUGGCUCGUGCGGGCAAACCAAUAUUUCCUCAUCAACAAAACCCCAUUGGAUAGACGUGUCGACGUAGCCAUCAACGCCAUAUCCGGUCCAGUAAUUCCAUGGCUAAAUUUGCUCCUUAUGCGUUGUUCUUCGUUGUCAUGGGACAAAUUCACGAAAGAGUUGUUGCGGCGUUUUGGAGAUGCUCCUAUUGCUGCUGUCCAUGUGGCCAAAAACCAGGCAAAAGUACCAUCCACAUCCAAUGAUAAUACCACAGCUAUGGUACCCUCCAUACACACCCUGACAACACCAUUGCCAUCCUCUAGCCUGCCUACAUCUACCAAGCAGGAGAAUAGUCUACACGCCAGCCCACCCAACAGUGCCAAACCUGCUGACUUACACGCAACAACAAAGUCAGCUGUUGUUUCCAGCUCGUUUUCCUUAGCAGCUAUGGCGUCAACAAAUCCACUUGAUGAGUUGCCAUUCGCUGCACUGCCGCCGCCACCACCACCACCACCACCACCACCACCACCACCACCACUACCCCAACCUCAUCUUCAGGACGUUCGGUUACGUGUGGUUCCACCUUCUGUUGUUGAGCUAACUUCUCUGCUGCACUCCAGCCCUCCACCACAGCCACAUCCACAGUUUGCGACAACUCAUAAGUUGUUGUUCCCCUCUAUGCUGCUGCCCCUGCCAUAUCCACAUCCACAGUGUGCAGUACCACUGAAAACCCAAAAGUGCAAUGAGCAAAAACUUGGGCUGACAACACAAAUCUGGAAGCCAAUAUUGCCCAAGUUGUACGCAGAGCCGAAAAGUAGUGGGCCUGGGCUGUUGGCUGGAGGAGAGUGGAUACGAUCGUGGUAG